AUGAUGCGCCUUGCCGUUGGUCGUGGUGCUCAGGCUUUACGGAGACCGUCUCAAAUGAGACCACUCUUCACGAGGUCCUUCGCGCAGCAGUUCCCGGUGUCGAAGCAAACAGGUAAGCACGGACCUAUCUUUCUAAGUAAGUAGUUUGUUUAAUAAUAAGUGGUACUUCAUGUCGAUCUCGAUGUCGUGUGGGUCCGCUCUGAACAAUGUUGACAGCGCACAACAAGUACUUUUCAACAGAAAGUCCUCUAGGCUGUUGCACUUCUCAGUUUACAGUUUUUCUGUGUUGCUUCACAAACAGACGACACCCGAGGUAAAGGCGGAGAGCUGCACCCGAAACUCGGCGGAUUUCACAUUCCACGCGACAAGGGAAAAAGUCCGGAGCCGACAACGAACACCAACUUCGCAAAAACGCCCUCGGUCGAUACCAGUACUGCCGCCACUGCUUCUACGGCCGUGGAAGAGCAAACGGGCAGUACGGAGAACAGCAUGCUGCGGACAAACUCCCACUUUUAUGAUAAACAAACGUACAUGAUACCAAUGGUGAACCACAUUUGGAGCGAGGAGGAGAUUCGUGCUCGGCUGGAGAAGCCCCAGCCUGUGCAUGUGCCUAAAACCUGGUAUCCUGUACAGAAACGUCUCCACCUCCCCACAGUCAAGGUGUGACUUUGGCUACACAAUUCAACAAAUUUUGGCUGUUGUCGUGUACGACAAAUUUCGGAUCGUAGUGCAAUCGUUUUUAGAUAGUGUUGCCGCAUCAGAAAUGGCCCAGAUUCUCCUGAUUCUAGCAUCACCAACUCCCAGACAAGAUUAGAAAACGCCUCUUGCGUCGCUGCGCAUGAGAAGCAUUUGAGUCAUACAGAAACAGAUUUGCAUGACAAACAUGGGAUGGAGACGUUUUUACACAGGAUACCUUGGCGGACAAGUUCAUGUACCACCUCGUGAAGACCGUGCUGUAUCGGGGAUUCAACUUCGUCAUACGCAUUGUAAAUGUGUGUGGGUCUGGAACAAGACCGCAAAUUUGUGACGCCCCCUGUAGAUCACAUCAAUGUAUAAUAGGAAAAGCUGCCCUUUGCUUUUCUUUCUUCUUGUGACACAGAGUGUAGCUUCUUUUUUGCGGGAUAAACGUUGUAAAGUAAAAGUCUUGCGGCAAUCUGGGAUGCUAAGUAGGUCACUCAUUCCAGACCUCGAUGGGCAUGAAAAGUCUGCAUCGCAAAUACCUGCAUCCUCCCAGAGAACCUAGACAUAUUUGCAGUGGAUAUCUCACGGGCUUCGACUACAAGGACCCUACGCCGCGAUCCUGUGCCUACCGGCUCAUCAUCCUGGAAUCAAUCGCAGGGGUACAGCUUGACUGACACGCGCAACUUUUACUUAUUUCUCGGACUUCGCAGUACAACGCAUAACAUUAAAGAUACUUAGAUGAAAAGCUCCGGCGUGGCUUCGUUUGUUUGGGAGCCAACGAGGAACGCAUAUAGUUGUUUUUUACCGACUUGCCAAUACGAAUACUAUCCCAGCAAGACCGUGCUGAAAAUUGUAUCGCACUCUUCUGACACAAAGUUAUGCAUAAACAAACAUAACAGGUCCCCGGAAUGGUUGCAGGAGUGCUACGGCAUUUUCAUUCGUUGCGCACCUUGCGCAGAGACCACGGCUGGAUUCACACACUCAUCGAAGAGGCCCAGAAUGAUAUCGCAGAGAAAAGCAGCCUGUUUUUUCACUGUGACGAAAAUGUUGCGUAGUUUGCAUCGCGAAUUAGGUCAUGCCCAGCGCGUUGUGAGCGUGACCCCAUCGGGAUUGCGCAAACGCUGCUGUAUGAAUGUUUUGCCUUUUCUUGCGUCUUUGUCAUCAGGACAUCGAGAUUGGGAUGCAUUCUACUGUCUUCUUGCAUUCGACGCAAUACAGCGCCACGUGGACAUGCCAGUGUUUUUCCUGCGAUACAAAAACGCAUGCACCUGCUUGUUUGCAUGAAGAUGUUCGAUGCCGGAAUCCUGACCCGCACCGCUUGUGCGCUUGGGCAGAUCGGAAUCGUGACCUUCCUCACUGCCACUUAUAUGGUACGCAGAUACAAUUUGUUGCGAGAAGAUAAGAGUCCUGUGUGUAGCAAAGAUAGAUUUUUCCACCAAUUGAGUUUCGAGAGACACAGGCAUCUUCGUGGCUUGCUAUUGCAACGACGAGAGUCAGUGCACCGACAUAACGACCAUAAGUUUGUGCUUAUGUUGACACGACCACUACCCAGAGAUGUCUGACGGUCAAUGGUCGAUUGCCGCGCCAGGCAAGAACUGCACUCUCACUCCUAGGAAAAUCAGCCACUCUAUAUUUCCUUAGGUCCAUCCCAAAGCCCUCCACCGAUUUGUCGGGUACCUGGAAGAAACGGCAGUGCUUACGUACACGGACUUGGUUCGGCUGACGAGAACUCCGGGCACCAAACUGCACAAGGCUUGGGACGGCCUCCCGGCGCCGCCUUUGGCCAAGGCGUACUGGAACCUGAGGGAUGACGCGGAGUGGGUGCACGUGCUCGAGAACGUAUCAUAAUGAUUUAAAAAUCUUAUACUGCAUAAUUCGUUUUACUGUUCCCAAGUCGUAAAGAGUCCAUUUCUAUGCACUGAAACAAGAUUGAUUUUUCAUGUAUUUAUUCUCAUCUUCACAUCUUCAGUUGCUGGCCGACGAGACGCAUCAUCGGGACGUCAAUCACUGUUUUGCGGAUAUGGAUCAGGACGAAGCGAAUCCGUUUGUGGAUAGGCAUAUGCAGGACUUUGCACAGCAGCGGGACUUAACUUUCACGCCGAAGUAAACAACCAAAGCUAUCCAGAGGAUUGCGUCUGUUGAGCGAGGACAAGAUGUACCAGACAUGGCGACUACGACAUAUCUAUGGAUUAACGAUGUGGAGUUCAUUGGCAUUUUACUCCUACACAUAGCGAUGCACUUUAUUUAUGAAGAGCGUAAGUGGAAACAGGACGAAGCACAGGAAUAGUUUCAUACAGCACAAUCUCCUGUAGUUGAACAGGGUACUAUAUCUCUGUCUUUUCGAGAUUCUGCUCGUUUUUGCGAUGAAAUUAUCUCAGCUACUUAGAACUAUCUGCAAGCGUGUCUGUUGUAAGAUUGCAAUGAAUGACCAUGAUAUGAUGGUGUUUUGAUUUACCACUAUGCUUUUUCAUUUUUUUUUUUAUGUGCAGCACUCCACGUUUCCUAACUUUUGUUAGUUUGCGUUCUCAAAGCACUCACCCUACGGAAGAAACACGCAGUUCCAGCGGAGGUAUUAUAUGUAGAACACUGCCAGGCUUUUGUAGUUUUGGCGGAUCUUCAACGACGACAACGAACUGCGGCACCUGUACGGCACUGCAACGUGGCAAACUUCUUUUAGAUUUGUGUCGUACGAGCAGGAAAUUUUGUGAAUCUAUUUUUUAGCUAUAAGAGGAUUAAGAUUUAUGAUUGUUUCCAUCCGAUUAUCAAAAAAAUGCACUGUAUCUAUUAGGCCAUGAUUUUCCAAAAAAUGACUUUCUAGUCUUCCCAUGAGUGCUGGGGCGGAAAAAGGGUUCAUCCCUACGUACAGCAAAGUUCUGCAGAGGUAUUUACACCGAAAAACGUCAAUUGUGUAGGUCUGUUGCUGCAGAAACAAACCGAAUCACGUCAACGGAAGAAACAUACUGAUUUGAUUUGUAGUAGAUACCAGGUCAAGUAUCUGCCCGCGACUCUCGCGAAGUCGGAAAGUAU